AACGAAUCUACAGAAGUGCAUGUUUGCUAGGAUGCGCGUCUUGUCCAGCCGACCCGGUGCUGUUUGACACAUUUCCCCUAACGAGCUGGAUUCACUAACUGGUCUAUUUUCCUACCGGGGGAAGUUGGGCUCAUUUAAAUUUUUCUGGCCGUACUUUUGAUGCCACGGAAAUGGGACCACGCCAACGGGAGAGCGUGUCCGCGCUUUGUAGAAAAAGUUUGCUUUGGACUGUGCUGAUACUGUGGCUGACCACGUUUGUUGACGGGACCUGGAAGACGGGACUUUACAAAACCUACUCAGUCGGGACGCAGGCAGCAGCCUCUCACACCUCCGUCUAUCAGAAAAGGAACUGGUGUCCUCAUACGGUCACUAAGACAGUGACUUGCCAGGUGCAGAAUGGGACGGUCCUGCAGCGGGUCUACCAGACGUGCCGCUGGCCGCAGGGAUGUACAGGAGGCAGCUACAGGACUGUGGUCAGACCUUCCUAUAAAAUGGUGUAUCGCACUGUGACCUCUCUGGAGUGGAAAUGCUGUCCAGGAUUCAGCGGCGCUACAUGUGAAGAAGAUGCAGGGAACCAGCUUGUAGCUCAAGAGGCAGUGAGGAAAUCAUCCACGCUUCGCCGCCCGCCCACACGCACAGGAGAGCCAAUCUCUAAUUGUCUCAAUUGCAGUCGAAUCACAGCUUUGACUGACCGGCUGAGCUCACUGGAGGCGAAGGUCCAAUUACUUACUGCCCCAGCCUCCAUAUCACAUCGCCACCUUCAGGGUAAAGGAGCAACUGCACCAGAGGCCUCAUUACUGAUGGGGGCUGUGCCCACUCAGGGAGCUCCUGGUGAGCAGGGACCUGCAGGUCCUCAGGGUGAAAAGGGGAGAGAUGGGCUUCCUGGCAAAGAAGGGAAGCCAGGGUCUCGAGGGCUGCCAGGUCCCAGUGGGCCUCGGGGGGAGGCCGGGACAAGGGGCCCAUCUGGAAGCCCUGGAUUGAAGGGAUCCUCGGGACCUGCAGGCCCCCGUGGUCCUCCAGGCCUUCCUGGAGAGAGGGGUCUACCAGGCCCGCCUGGCCCUCCAGGGCCUCCAGCUCCGGCCAGUGCCCACAUCCCAGAACCAGACCACAGUCGUGGAAAAGACCCCUUUUUCAGCAACACUUUCCAUGACUCACGAGGGUUGCCUGUUCCAGGACCUCAGGGUCCCCCUGGGCCUAUCGGUCCACCAGGUCCCAAAGGCCCAGUAGGACCUCCCGGCCCAUCAGGACAGAAUGGGAAAUCUGGAGCCCCUGGAACGCAGGGCCCUGUGGGGCCAAAGGGAGAACGUGGGGAGAGGGGUCCUUUAGGUUACCCAGGAGAGAGGGGCUUCAGAGGCGAGCCGGGAUCACCGGGUCCCAAGGGAGAGCCAGGAGAGAAGGGCUUGCCGAGCAAUAUAAAUGGGGACGGAAUACAUCAGAUCAGAGAGGCGCUGAAGAUCUUAGCCGAGAGGGUUUUAAUCCUUGAGACUAUGAUCGGUAUUCAUGAGCCUGAUCUAGGGUCUGGGGAUGGACCGUUUGGCACAGCCUCCCCUAGUUUCUACAGAGAUAAGCGAGCAGGUGCGCUUCCAUAUCGACUUGCUUCUCCUCUGUCCUCCAACACCAAGGUUCGAGGGAAGUAGCUCCCCCGCUCACCCUGAGGAUCACAGGCUGGGUUGACUCCCCCUCCUAUAGGUCUCAUCGGCACUCAACAGAUUUAGACCUUAUCUGAUACGCUCUCUGGGCUUUACCGUAAGAUUUAGGAUGGGGAACACCUCAGGGAAACUCCACUGAUACUCCACAAUGCCCUCCAUCUGGAACCUGAGAACUAGUUUGACCCCCACCCAUCGCCAUAACCAAACAUUUAUCUUUACAUAACAUAACACACCCAGCAGCUCCUUCUGUGUCUCAUUUCUUUGGCUACAGAAAUAAAGCCUCAGAAUAAAGAUGUUCACUAUUUGAAAAAAGGAAAAUUGAAAUCGUCUGUGGUGCUCCUUGAGCUACAAACAGUUCUGGACAAUAAGGGCAAUUUAGAGUAAUCAAUUAAAGGAGGAAUCAGAUGUGAGAAAAUAGACUGGAUUUGCGUUUGUACUGCUUUCACAAUGUCACUGCAAUCUGAAGAGAUUCCACUAUUUAAGUAAACUGAGCAUGUACAGUUUGCAGGACACAAGUACACAAACAAACCUCUUCUUGUAUUCAUUUUGUUGUACUUCUAUCUAUAUUGUUUAACUCAAUGUUAUGUAGUGCACUAAAAAGAUGAAGUCAUCUCUACUCUAACAGAGAUGUGUUGCUAACAGUGGUUUGUAGUUUUCUGGUGUGAGUGUUUUCUCCCUUUCAAGUAUACACUGAUAAAGUGAUUUAAUAUGCAAUGGUAUAUUUACAUUUAAUACUGUAUGUGCAAAAAAAACGCAAAGUUGGAUUUGGUGGCAUAUCAACGGAGGUUGUAUCCUGGAAACAAAUAAUGUUCAAAUGAAAGCAACUAUGCAAACUGGCUGUCAAUUUCAAGACAUUUAACACACACAGAGGAAAUAGCAAAACUGUUAAUGGAACUUGAACAUAUUUUACCACUGUUAAUGGCUUAAACUGUCCUGAUGAAAAUCCUUUUUUUCCAUCUUAUAUCAAACUUAUUGUGAAACUAUUUAAAAUGAUCAAUUGUAUCUUAUUUUGUAUGCUGUUGUGUAUCCAUUUCAUAUUUCAUUCAACAUCUUUUUCUUGCAAAUGUGUUACUGUGUUCAGAUAAUCCUGUUAAGAUGAUUGGUGUAAUAAAAUAAUGUUCAUUGUUUGUUUUUUAA